AUGGCACCUAGCAAGAAACCCGCAGCUAAAGGUGGCGACAAGUCCAAAGACAAAGGCAAAGGCUCCACUAGCAAAGACGACAAUGCGGGAGCCUCGAAGUUGAAGGCCGCAACAGCUAUCAAUACUCGUCACAUCCUGUGCGAAAAACACUCGAGGAAAGAAGAAGCCCUGACCAAACUCCGCGACGGCGCCAAAUUCGACGAAGUAGCCCGCGAGUUUUCCGAGGACAAAGCCCGUCAAGGCGGCAGCUUGGGCUGGAAAGUACGCGGGUCGCUUGAUGCCGCGUUUGAGAAAGCGGCGUAUGACCUGGAGCCGAGCACGACGGGCAAUCCAAAGUAUGUGGAGGUGAAGACGGGGCAUGGAUAUCACAUCAUUAUGGUGGAGGGACGACGAUGA